CUUCCUCCAACCACCACCACCACCGCCGUCGUCGCCGUCGCCGUCCUUCACGUUCAUCAUGUUCGCCCGCUCCGCAGCCCGCACGCUCACUUCCCAGGCCCGCACGUUCUCCUCCUCGGCCGCGCGCCAGACGAAGGUCGCAGUCCUCGGCGCAGGCGGAGGCAUCGGCCAGCCGCUCUCGCUCCUGCUCAAGAUCGACCCCCUCGUCACGUCCCUCAGCCUCUACGACAUCCGCGGCGCCCCCGGCGUCGCCGCCGACGUCAGCCACAUCGACUCUGCGGGCGAGGUCAAGGGCUACGCUGCAGACCAGCUUGACCAGGCCCUCGAGGGCGUCAAGGUCGUCGUUAUCCCCGCCGGUGUCCCAAGGAAGCCCGGAAUGACCCGCGAUGACCUCUUCAACACCAACGCGUCCAUCGUCCGCGACCUCGCCUCCGCGAUCGCCCGCGUCUCCCCCGAGGCGCACAUCCUCGUCAUCUCCAACCCCGUCAACUCCACCGUCCCCAUCGUCGCCUCGACCCUCCAAAAAGCCGGCGUCUACGACCCCCGCCGCCUCUUCGGCGUGACCACGCUCGACGUCGUCCGCGCCGCGCGCUUCCUCGGCGAGGUCGCGUCCACCGACCCCAGCGACUCCGUCGUCACCGUCGUCGGCGGGCACUCGGGCGCGACCAUCGUCCCGCUGCUCUCGCAGAGCGCGUACGGCAAGGCCGUCACCGGCGACGCGUAUGCGAAGAUCGUGCACCGCAUCCAGUUCGGCGGCGACGAGGUCGUGCAGGCGAAGGACGGCGCGGGGAGCGCGACCCUCUCGAUGGCGUACGCGGGCGCCAAGUUCGCGCACGCGCUGCUGCGCGGCUUGAGCGGCGAGAAGGGCGUCGUCACGCCGACGUUCGUGCAGAGCCCGCUCUUCGCUGACCAGGGCAUCGACUUUUUCUCGUCCAACGUCGAGCUCGGCGUCAACGGCGUGGAGAAGAUCCACCCCAUCGGCCCGCUCACGGCCGAGGAGGAGAAGCUCCUCGCGGCGUGCCUUCCCGACCUCAAGAAGAACAUCGAGAAGGGCAGGGCUUUCGUCGCUUAGAGUCUGGCGUAGUCGUAGACACCGUCCUGCGUGGUAGUGCUCGGGGACUUAUAAAAUGGAUGGUCGAGAUACAUCAUGCCGAUGCUCGUGUGCCGCUGCCGCUAAGAUUACCCUGUCCGGUUUGCCAUCAGUGCGUGGCUCUAACGAGUCUACAUCCGCCUGUGCGCCGUACUAUGUAUGUUGACACGCGCGGUGACACCACC